UGAAAGGGGCGUGUCCAAACAUCCCGCCUUUUCCUUGCGAGCCACGCCCCUGCCCGCCCGGGCCGUCAGUCGGAGCGCAGCGGGCUGCCAGGUCAACCAUGUCAUCUGAGCCACCUCCGCCUGCACAGGCCCCUGGCCACCACCCGCCAGGGCUACUGGGCCCCCAACGCACCCGGGACCGCUCGCCCUCCCCACUCCGGGCCAACGUGGUCCCCAGCCCGCUGCCAACGCGCCGAACCAGAACCUACUCAGCGACCGUGCGGGCAUCUCAGGGCCCUGUGUACAAAGGCGUCUGCAAAUGUUUCUGCCGCUCCAAGGGUCACGGCUUCAUCACCCCAGCUGAUGGCGGUCCGGACAUCUUUCUGCACAUCUCAGACGUGGAAGGCGAGUAUGUCCCCGUGGAAGGCGACGAGGUCACCUACAAGAUGUGCUCCAUCCCGCCCAAGAACGAGAAGCUGCAGGCCGUGGAGGUGGUCAUCACCCAUCUGGCGCCUGGCACCAAGCAUGAGACGUGGUCGGGGCAUGUGGUCAGCUCCUAGGAGAUGCUGGUGCAGCCCCCGCCUCCUCCCCCACUGCCCCAGGGGGCCCUGAAGACUCUGGGGGAGGAGGUGGCUGGUCCAGACUGGACCGGGGGCUCCCCAGGGCCAGCGGCAGCCCUCGCCAGUCUGUCCAGGGCAUGGGAUGGGAUGGGGAAGGGCGGUGGGUGUUCUUGGCCACCAGCCUGGCCUCUAACCAUCACUAUGACUCGCCAUCUGGAAAGUAUUAAAAGCAUCUGAAAAGGA